GUUUUGCACAUGGAGUAAAUUGCUGAUAGUAUUUUACAAAAACAUAAGCCGUUCCGAUUUUGUUUUCUAAUAAGAGGUCAAAACAUUUUAUUUUGCAUUUAUUAUUCAGACUGAGUAUUUUAUUGGCUGGUGGUGUUGUGUAGUUAAUAUCUUACUAUCUCUGCAGGUCUUUUGUGCGCGUUGAUCUACGGUUCAUUUGAAUUUCUGUUUUAACCAGCUAUAUUUCUUCACUAGUAGUAGGAGAGUUCAGAGGAGUGAUGGAGGCUCCUCCGGUCACUGUGAUGCCCGUCACGGGUGGAGCCAUUAAUAUGAUGGAGUAUCUCCUCCAAGGCAGCGUACUGGAUCAGUCUCUGGAGAGCCUCCUACAUCGACUCAGAGGUCUGUGUGAUAACAUGGAGCCUGAGAGCUUUGCUGAUCAUGAGCUGGUGUAUCUGCUGAAGGGUCAGCAGGGCAACCCGUUCAUGCUGCGUGCGCGCCGCUCGCUUCUUCACCCCACUGCCCCUUGGCAUCUGCGCUAUCUAGGUCAGCCUGAGGUGGGCGACAAAAGCCGUCAUGCCCUGGUGCGAAACUGUGUGGAUGUGGCUGCCUUGCACAGCUUACCGGAGUUUCUCAACGAGAUGGGUUUCCGCAUGGACCAUGAGUUCGUGGCCAAGGGUCAGGUGUUCCGGAAGGGUGCGAUGAAGGUGGUAGUGAGCAAACUGCUACGUGUCCUUGCGUCAGGAAACACGGAGAACACAGAGCCGCUGUCUCUGUCGUAUCUUGUUGAGCUGAGCGUACUGGCUCCUGCGGGACAGGACACUGUGUCUGAGGACAUGAGAAGCUUCGCAGAACAGCUGAAACCUCUGGUGCACCUGGAAAAAAUUGACCCUAAAAGACUCAUGUAGUGUGACUUGAUUUCAUUGGAGGCGUUUGCUUGUAUUAUUAUGAUAAUAGGUAUGUUAUGCUAUUGAUUGAUAAACAUUUAAAAACAUUUAUUUUUAGUAACUAAAUAAAAUUCCGUAAUAAAGAAAAAAGUGACAAAUAAACCUCUCAUUUGAUAUUUUUCAGGGGAGAAAUGUAGUGUAUUAAAAACAAAGUAAAUAGUAUGUUUUGAUAAAAUGGUUUGAUAAAAACACUACAUUGUUGUAGGUUUUUCUAAAAACAGUUGCGUUUGGUUAAAAUCAAUGGCAUGUAUUAAAACGGUAGAGCUACAGCGCCCCCUGAAUGAUGUCAAUUAAAUGUGCGCAGGUGUUCAGAAAAGUUGUGUUAAGUCUGUUAAUAAAUUUCCCAUUCUUGACAUGAA